CCUAAUAUCAGAAGAGCUGAAUCGAUCCGCAGGUCGCGAUGUUCGAUUUUACACACCUUAGCGCAGUAUUUGACCGCGAGUAGAGCCAUCCGGGGUGUUUUAACUGGUGAAAACAACUAUGAAGUUCAAAUUUCGACCGUGUUCUGCAGUUUCAACGGGACUGCUGAUCCUGUUAGGAUGUGCUCUAGGACAAGCCAGUGUCUACGAAGGAUGUCAGCAGGAAGUCAACGUUAAGAAUUUCCUGUCGGAAAUUUGUGAUAACAGUUCUCCGUUGAUGAGCCUCACGGUGAAGUCAUUCGAUGUGGAUCACACAGACCGCAGUUUGGAACAUGUCUGCAAGGAAGGCGCCCAUGGACUGUUGCUCUGGUUGAAAUCGGCGAACUUCGGAGGGCUACCAGAGUUGGACACAAGUCUGAAGUACAUUGGUAGAGCCACUUUCGAUGAGGACUUCAGUGGAUAUUGCACGUAUAACGCAUCGACGCAGGUUUGCUCCAAUGAUGCAGGUGAAGUGACAGGAUCGCUUAUGGUCCUCGGUGAGAAGUAUCCGGAGAGGUACGAACUCCGCGAUAUGGUGUUCAAGAAAUGGACCAACUCAACUCGACUGGGUUCGCCAAUUCUGGCCUACGCCACCCUGAAGAAUCGUGACACGACGUACAAGUACAUCGAUCAAGAUAUCUCUUAUCUGUCGGACACACGGAUGGAGUUCCUCCUGCCGGCAACGGUCAUAUCUGGCCUCCCCCUGUCCGUGUUCCGAGGCAAAGUGGAAACGUACAAAACCAUAUCCGGAGAGACGCACUACGGUAGAAGCUUCAAGACGAUAAACGCCGUCCGGUAUAUGAGUCCGGCCACUAUCAUCAACGUCACCGUGGUGGGCACCGAGGAGCGAGCCUACCGUGAAUUCCGUGGAAAGCUGAUCAGUGUCUACACCGACGAGGAAGGAUUUGGAUGGUCCCGAUCCCUGACAUCUGUCGAAGGGGCUUCGGUCGAGACUGCCCUAACGGAGACGCACGUUGAGUACGGUUUGGUGGCCAACCUGUACGAAGAAUCUCAACUGCAACCGGGAGCGCCGACCCUGUCCCCGAGCAUCCCCCACACGGACCACAAAUACCCAGGACAAUCGAAUCUACCCAAGGCGGAAGGUAUCCACAUCCACAUCAGCGAAACCGAACUGACCCAGGUAUAUCCGGGAUUCCGUAACUUUGCCAUCGGUGCCGGCAUUCUGUUCUUCACCGUCCUGGGAGUGGCCCUGCUCGAUAUCCUGCGCCGAAUCGUCAAAGACCGAAGAGCUAAGCGGUUGCACACCGGAAAGUACAGCAAGGUCAACGGAAGAUAGGAACCGUCCGAGGGAUUUCUUUUCCGUUCUACCCGAAUAGACGACGUAGCGUCAUGCUCCCUUCAAUCGUUGUAUCUAGUUCAAUCUAAUACGUAUAAUUAGCGAAUAUUAUUGCCAUUCUUGUUCAUCCUAGUUACAUCUCAAUAAAUAAAUAGUCAAAUAACCAUCAUCCUCGACGACAACAAAAA